AUGCAGCCCAUCUACAACUACGAGGAGUUGCACGCUCUCCAGCAGCGGCUACCGCACAUGCAGCAGCAGGCAGCGGCGGGCCAGGGUCGGGCGGACCUGCCGUCCUCGCUCGGCUCCAGCGGCUCCUACUCCCUGAACGAUAACAAGUUUGGCCGGCACGACAACUCGUCCCCCGUCCAGUCGGCGCUCAGUCAGCAGCUGAAGUCGCAUCAGCAGCAGCAGCAACACCACCACCACCAACAGCAGCAGCAACAGCAACAACAGCAGCAACAGCAACAGCAACAGCAGCAGCAGUUCUUCAACCCGGCCGCGAUCCCGCCCAACUACACGUAUUUCCCAUUCAUGCCGCAGUACGGCAUCUACACGCCCGUGCCGCCGGCGACGGCGGCGCCGGCCUCCUCGGGCGGCGGCCAGUACCAGAAGCUGGCCGGCUUCGGCGCCGGCUCCGCGUUCGGCGGCACUUACGACGGUCUGGGCGGCUCGGCCGGCGACUUCAAGGCGGGCGGCUUCGGUGGCGCCUCGCCGCACAAGGCGGCCGGCGGCGGCGCCGACCUUGGCUCCGGGUACGGCAAGGCGCAGCUGGGCGGCAAGUUCGACAACAAGGCCUACCACACGGGCACGCCGCCGCCGUUCCAGAUGGCCGGCCAGGGUCAGAGCGGUGCGUACGGCCAGCACCUGUUCCUGCAGCCGAUGCCGGCACAGGCGCACUCGCCGCUCGUGCACGCCGCGCACCAGGAGUCGACGCUGGGCGGCCCGACGCGCGGCGGCCCGCCGGGAAAGCCGACUGGCAAGCCCAGCUACGGCUACUCCUGGCCGGGCAACUAG